AUGGCCGACCCUGGGCCCGAGGUGGAGCGCGAAGAGCGUCGCAAGAACAGAUCGCGUCCUCGUGAGCAUUCUGUGACCAGUCGGCAUCAAUCACGCAGAGGGGUCUCCGCCAGACGUAGCUCCAAUGCUUCCCGGCCAUCCUCUUCUGGUCGAGCUGAUGGAGAUGGCCCAUCAUCCGUGGGACAUGCCUCUACGGCAUACCACUCCGUCCGUCCAUAUCCCGCGCGCAGUAUUGGCACCUCUGGCUCAGAUGAUCGGCCAUCGACCGGAAGCUCCGCUGCAGCUAGCACACCCUCAUCUUCCUCAGCUCAACCUCCUCGCGGGGCUCGCGCAGACCGUGCGACCAAAUCCAGCGUGAGGCCAGACAACUCAGGCCCUCAGAUCAACGCGGCCACCACCGAGGACUUGAAACGCACAGAAUCGCACGAGCAAAAUUUGAAACGCGUCGGAGCUCAAGCUAGCGGUACUGCGACGAUGAGUGCUGCUGCGGGAAUGGCGAUGCUUGGAGGUGCGGGAAUGAUAUCGCAACAGCAAGGCUCUGGAGCGAUGAGAGGGGCGGCAGACUCGCAAGCUAGCGAGCAUGCAGUGACUCAGGGCUUGCACCGAGCAGAACGCGCCAGGCUGACGCUCAAGUCGCCUGAAGCUCUUCGUCAGAACGAGCAAGCGGGCCUGAUGCGUGGGACAAGCUACAAUCAAGGAAGUGUGGCACAACAACUCUCUCCUGUCACCCCUUCUUGGCCCAACACUCCCAGCAGCCCCCUGGAUGACUUUCACACGGCUGUCAACACGCCGUACUCGAUCCAUGGAGAGCUCGCUCAAUCGCCCGUCCAUGCCAAGAAGAUGCUGCCAGAUGACGAGAAAGCGGGGAUCAAUUCAUAUGAUCAGCCAUACGACUCUGCGAAUCAAACACCCUCACGAGCAUCGCCACCCCAUCAUGCCAAGCUGGAGUCUGACAACAGCGAUGGUCGCAGUCAACAUAGCGUCUUGUCUGGGGACCAAGAUUCCACCCUCGAGACACCACCGUACAAAGCUACUACUGGCGACCUGUUUAGAUUCGCCACCAAGUUUGAGCUCUUCCUCAACUUUCUCGGUCUCAUUGCGGCGUGUGGAGCAGGGGUGGCACAGCCACUGAUGACCGUCGGUGAGUAGGGUUGUCUUGGUCUGGUGUCCCUACCCAAAAAGCGUCCAACCCUCUUGCUUACGCUCGUCAACCCCAUCUUGCGGCCGCCUUGACCGCAGUCUUUGGCAAUCUCACCACCUCUUUCCUGGACUAUACGAAUCAGCUUGGUCGGGACCCUACCCUUCCUGGUGCAAUGGAGGCCAUGCAGCGCGCAAGGGACGAGCUCAGAGAUGCCGUUGGGCGUGACGCGCUCUUACUGCUGUACAUUGGCAUUGCCAUGUUCGGCGCCACGUAUCUGUACAUGGCCACCUGGAUGUACACUGGUGAGACGAUCACCGGUCGCAUUCGCCAAAACUACUUGGCUGCCGUGAUGCGUCAAGAGAUUGCCUAUUUUGACCUUGUCGGCGCCGGGGAGAUCACAUCGCGCAUACAAAGCGAUAUUCAGCUCAUUCAGGAAGGCAUCUCGGACAAGGUACCCAUGUCCUUCAUGUUUCUUGCGACUUUUGUGGCAGGCUUCGCGGUCGCUUUCGCCAAGUCAUGGUUGCUAGCAUUGGUUAUGUCUUCCAUCGUGCCCUGCAUCAUUGCGGCAGGUGCUCUGAUGAACGUGCUUGCAACGAAGCAUCAACAGACGGAGCUGGACUAUGUCUCCCAUGCCGCAACGGUCGCAGAAGAGGCCAUGAGCACUGUGCGCACAGCCAAAGCUUUUGGGAUCGAGCAGCGUCUCGUAGACCUCUACGACGAGUACAAUGUGCCCACCUCCCGCACUGGAAGGGCGAAAGCUGUCAUCAAUGGUGUCGGCAUGGGUGUCUUCUUCUUCGUCAUCUACUCUUCGUAUGCCCUCGCCUUCUGGGAAGGAUCACGGCUGAUCGCCAACGGUACCAUCGAGACUGGUGUCGUCAUGAAUGUCGUCUUCUCAAUCCUGAUGGGUGCUUUCAGCAUGGCGAUGUUGGCGCCCAACGCCCAAGCCUGGGCAUAUGGAAUUGCCAGCGCAGGCAAGAUCUUCGAGACCAUCGAUCGAGUUCCAGAAAUUGACUCGGCCAGCGACUCCGGCGCUCGCCCUACGCGAUGCGACGGUGAAAUCGAAGUGUGCAACGUCGACUUCCGCUAUCCUGCCCGCAGAGAGGUGCCGAUCUUGGAGAACUUUAGCGUUCAGAUUCCUCGAGGCAAGAUCACUGCUCUGGUGGGUGCAUCGGGGUCCGGAAAGAGCACAAUCGUUUCCCUGGUAGAACGCUUCUACGAUCCGGAAUCAGGCGCUGUCUUCCUUGAUGGCCGCGAUCUCCGUGAUUUGAACCUCAAAUGGCUCCGCACGCAGAUCGGCUUGGUCAGUCAGGAACCGACACUCUUCGCGACCACAAUCCGACAAAACAUAGGAUUCGGCCUGCUCAACACGGUCUGGGAGAAGGCAGAUCAAGAAAAGAAAGAUGAGCUGAUCAUCGAGGCCGCAAAGCAGGCCAACGCGCACGCUUUCAUUCAGCAACUACCAGAUGGAUAUGAGACUAUGGUCGGCGAGCGUGGUUUCCUAUUGAGUGGUGGUCAGAAGCAGCGUGUCGCUAUCGCGCGCGCAAUAGUGAAGAACCCACGAAUUCUCCUACUGGAUGAGGCUACGUCAGCCCUCGACACGCAGAGCGAGGGAAUCGUACAAGAUGCCCUAGACAAGGCGUCACGAGGUCGAACGACCAUCACUAUCGCGCACAGACUGAGCACGAUCAAAAACGCUGACAAUAUCGUCGUGAUGGGCAAAGGUACAAUCUUGGAGACUGGAACACACGACGAACUGCUCCGACGACCGGAUGGUGCCUACUCUAGUCUUGUCAGUGCUCAAAAGAUCCGUGCCAACACGUCAUCGGCGCACGUGUACGAGGACGAAGAGGAAGAGCUUGAGGAGCUGCGCCGUCGAGCGUUGGCCGCCCAGGUCGAAGGUUUGGGUCGCUCCAAGUCGAGGCAGAGCAUCCACAGUAUUACAAGUGCUAUCCUGCGGCGCCGGAAGGAGGAGCACGAGGGCGAGAAGCCUCGUCAGUACAGCCUCUUCUAUUUGCUCUACCGCCUCGCUGUCAUCAACAAGGGCCACAUUCUCAGUCUCUACGUCCCCGGCUUCAUCGGAUCUUUCUUGAGCGGCGCAGUAUACCCCGCAUUCUCGAUUCUCUUCGGCAUUGCGCUGCAGAACUUUAGCAAGUGCAGCAACUUGGGUGGAGAAGCUUGCCCUGAGCCAGCGCGCUCCGACAUGAGACACCAGGCCAACUUGAACGCCUUGUACUUCUUCAUCAUCAGCAUUCUGUCAACGUUUGCCAUCGCGAUCCAGAACCACCACCUGAUGAUGGCUUCCAGCUAUCUCAUGGAGCGGGUCCGACGACUUUCCCUGCUUGCUUACCUGCGCGCAGAUGUCUCCUACUUUGACGAAGAUGGUCAUGCGAGCGGUGUGCUGACGGCAUCUCUGUCUGACAACGCUCAAAAGAUUAACGGAUUGGUCGGUGUGACGAUGGGCACCAUCUUCCAGAGCGUUGCUACGCUCAUCGUGGGCUACAUCAUUGGGCUGAUCUACGGCUGGAAACUUGCCCUUGUUUGCAUUUCCGUCACCCCUUUGACGCUCUCUGCUGGGUUCAUUCGCCUGGAAUUGGUGGUUCUCAAAGAUGCCAAGAUCAAGAAAGCUCAUGAGGGUGCAGCUCAACGAGCUUGCGAAGCCGCAGCUUCAAUCAGGACCGUGGCCGCAUUGACCAGCGAAGGUCACUUCCAGGCCGUCUACAAGGAGGAGCUCCGUGGACCUGCAAAGAUCACGCAUCGUGCAGCGCUGUACUCAACCAUCUUCUACGCCAUCUCGCAGGCUCUGGCAUUUGGCGUCAUCGCACUUGCGUUCUGGUACGGCAGUGGCCUGCUACUGGACGGCGAGAUAUCCUCUGGGCACUUCUUCACUGUCCUCACCUCCGUCAUUUUCGGAUCCAUCCAAGCUGGUAAUGUCUUCAACUUUGUGCCCGACAUUUCCAACGCUCGAUCGGCUGCCGAUGACACUAUUCGUCUACUCGACAUGAAACCUGAAAUCGACAGCGAAUCGACAGAGGGCAUCAUCCUCGACAAGUGCGAAGGCCGUGUACAGUUCGAGAAGGUGCACUUCCGCUACCCGACCAGACCAGGUGUACGCGUCCUUGCUGGUAUCGAUCUCGACAUCAAGCCUGGAACGUACUGUGCUCUGGUCGGAGGAAGCGGAUGCGGGAAGUCGACGACGAUACAGCUCAUUGAACGUUUCUACGAUGCAGUGUCUGGACGCGUGCUCAUUGACGGUCACGACAUUACUGACCUUAAUCUGAAGUCACUUCGCAAGCAUGUGGCGCUCGUCUCGCAAGAGCCCACUUUGUACGACGGCACCAUCGCCUACAACUUGCGCCUGGGCGCCUUCGAAGAUGCCGACCAGGUCACCGAUCAGCAGCUGCAGCGCGCUGCUGCCCAGGCUAAUAUCUUGAACUUUAUCGAAUCCCUACCAAACGGCUUUGAAACAGAAGUUGGUGGAAAGGGCACUCAAUUAUCAGGAGGUCAGAAGCAGCGCAUCGCCAUUGCUCGUGCUCUGAUCAGAGACCCCAAGAUCCUUCUCCUCGACGAAGCUACUUCCGCUCUGGACAGCGAGAGCGAAAGGGUGGUGCAAGACGCUUUAGAUCGUGCUGCGCGUGGAAGGACUACGAUCGCGAUUGCCCACCGUCUCUCGACCAUCAGCAGGUCCGACCGUAUCUUUGUGCUGCAGAAUGGUAUCGUGGCAGAGCAAGGAGAGCACUCAUCGUUGAUGAGGCUGGGUGGCCUAUACUCCCAGCUCGUCUCUCUGCAAGAGCUACAGAGAGACGAGUAA